AUGACCUCCCCAUCAGACUCAUGGCCCGCAAUCCUCACUACCGCCAAACACACCCCCCGAACAUCAACACCGAAACCCGACCUCCCCUCCCCACAGCAGCAAUCCCUCAUUGACUCCCUGCGGACCCUCCCUCGCAUGAACCAGGAUGUCGAGGCCGAUGCAGCUCAAUCGCAAGCGGAACUAAAAUCAGCUAUCGCCGAUAUUCUAUCCGAGUACGAGGACGAGGACGAGGACGAAGACGACAAGUCCUGCACCUCAACAUCCAACGAAAAUAAAACCACAAUCGAGGAAUGGGAAAACCUCCACGCCUUCCUAGCAUUCAUCACCAAGGAACGGAUUGUCCGGCUAGAAGACGUCGGGAUCCAUGUUUUGAGGGUUGCGCUGGAGAGGGGUGAGCCGCACCAGCACCAGCACCAACACCAUUAUUCGCACCGGCGGUACCCGGAGACGGGAACGAAGAUGGAGAUGAAGACGGAGCAAGGGGGGAAUCGGAAAAAGAUGGCUGUUUUCGUCUCCUGUGCGGCCAUCUGGGCGGUGGUCAUGGGUGAGGAGCUGUGGGAACGGAGGCAUGAGACUGACGAAUGCCCCGUGGGAUUGUCUCUGUCGCCUGCGCAGCGCGCAUCUGCGGCUGCUGCUCCUACUGCUGCAGGGGAGGCCGCCGCGGCGACUACUGUCUCCAAAAGUCGCUGGCAGAUGUGGAUUGAUCGGUUUCAGUUUCUGAGUCUGGCUGAAGAUCUGGAUAUCAAGACGAGGGAAUUGGCUGCCGAGGCGGCCGCCGUGAUGCGUCGCGUGACUUAG